CUCCGGUAAACCUGCAAAUAUACAACGUGAUGAGUUAUGUCCAUCCACCCCCCAUUGACUUCAUUGAACGAAAUGGGGUCAUCCCGGACUCAGAACGCAAUGCCCUGAUUGACAUCCACCCAAAGGGCUUCUUCAUACGCCACCCCCCUGCACCCCACGAAUUGGACGAGGCUCUGACACCUGAAGCCAGUCUUUUUCAGACAAUCCACAUGGGAGCCGCGGUUGUGGAUGCCAGUAGCUGGAAACUCGUGGUCGAUGGGCUUGUCGAACGGCCUUUCCCUAUGAAUCUCGAACAAUUACGACAGAUGCCGUCCAAGUCAGUUACGUCUUUCCAUGAAUGCUACGGCAGUCCCAUCACCCCACCAACAAAGAAUGUCUGGCGCAUCGGCAAUGUUCGAUGGACGGGGGUCCCGCUGCAGUAUCUGCUAUCAAUUGCUCGGCCAGACCGUGAGCGAGGGUUAUUUGUGUGGUCCGAUGGGUUAGACUCGGGGACCUUUGCUGGUGUCUCGGCGGACAGAUACCAGAAGGAUCUACCUAUUGAAAAGGCCUUAUCGCCGGAAGUUUUGAUCGCUUACGAGAUGAAUGGUCAGCCAUUGACCAAAGAGCGCGGCGGGCCCGUGAGACUAGUCGUGCCAGGAUGGUUUGGAACGAAUUCCACCAAAUGGUUGUGUCGACUGUCUGUGCAGGCAACGAGAUCAGCAGGCCCAUUCACGACUGUCUUUUAUAAUGAGCUCGAUCCAACGGAUUCGAAGGGCAUAAGGAAACGGCCUGUCUGGAAGGUUGAGCCUAAUUCGAUUAUUGUCCGGCCUCGACCGGAGGAAGUGGUGAUUGGUUCUCAGUAUGUUGAGGGUUGGGGACGCGCAUGGGGUGCAGAUGAGAUUGUGCGUGUUGAGGUCAGUCUUGAUCAUGGAGAUACUUGGAAUAAGGCAAGCGUGGUCCCGCGAAAGCAGUUUGAGUGGCAAUUGUUCUCCUUUCGAGUGUAUAUUCACCGACCAGGCAGAUAUGAUAUUCAAGCAAGAGCCACGGAUGAAUCAGGUGCGCAGCAGCCGCUACUUGGGAGACGAAAUCAUGUGCCAACGGUGCGAAUUUACAUGCGGUCCAGGGACACCUAG